GGUCUAAUAUGCCCGGAGCCGAGGCGCGAUGAAGGAGAAGUCCAAGAAUGCGGCCAAGACCAGGAGGGAGAAGGAAAAUGGCGAGUUUUAUGAGCUGGCCAAGCUGCUCCCGCUGCCGUCGGCCAUCACCUCGCAGCUGGACAAGGCGUCCAUCAUCCGACUCACCACCAGCUACCUGAAGAUGCGCGCGGUCUUCCCCGAAGGUUUAGGAGACGCGUGGGGACAGCCGAGCCGCGCCGGGCCCCUGGACAGCGUCGCCAAGGAGCUGGGAUCACACUUGCUGCAGACUUUGGACGGAUUCGUUUUCGUGGUAGCAUCUGAUGGCAAAAUCAUGUAUAUAUCAGAAACAGCUUCUGUACAUUUAGGCUUGUCCCAGGUGGAGCUCACGGGCAACAGCAUUUAUGAGUACAUCCAUCCUUCCGACCACGACGAGAUGACGGCUGUCCUGGCGGCCCAUCAGCCUCUUCACCAUCACCUGCUCCAAGAGUAUGAGAUAGAGAGGUCAUUCUUUCUUCGAAUGAAGUGUGUCUUGGCAAAAAGAAACGCGGGCCUCACGUGCAGCGGAUACAAGGUCAUCCACUGCAGCGGGUACUUGAAGAUCAGGCAGUAUAUGCUGGACAUGUCCCUGUACGACUCGUGCUACCAGAUCGUGGGGCUGGUGGCCGUGGGCCAGUCGCUGCCGCCCAGCGCCAUCACAGAGAUCAAGCUGCACAGUAACAUGUUCAUGUUCAGGGCCAGCCUCGACCUGAAGCUGAUAUUCCUGGAUUCCAGGGUGACCGAGCUGACCGGGUAUGAGCCGCAGGAUCUGAUCGAAAAGACCCUCUACCAUCACGUCCACGGCUGCGACGUGUUCCACCUCCGCUAUGCGCACCACCUCCUGCUGGUGAAGGGCCAGGUCACCACCAAGUACUACCGGCUGCUGUCCAAGCUGGGCGGCUGGGUGUGGGUGCAGAGCUACGCCACCGUCGUGCACAACAGCCGCUCGUCCCGGCCCCACUGCAUCGUGAGUGUCAAUUAUGUCCUCACGGACAUUGAAUACAAGGAACUGCAGUUGUCCCUGGACCAGGUGUCCACAUCGAAGUCCCAGGACUCCUGGAGGACCACCUUGUCUACCUCACAAGAAACUAGGAAAUUAGCUAAACCCAAAAAUACGAAGAUGAAGACGAAGCUGAGAACAAACCCUUACCCCCCACAGCAAUACAGCUCAUUCCAAAUGGACAAACUGGAAUGCGGCCAGCUCGGAAACUGGAGAGCCAGCCCCCCGGCGAGCGCUCCGGCUCCCCCAGAACAGCAGCUCCAUUCAGAAGGCAGCGACCUUCUGUACGCUCCAUCCUACAGCCUGCCCUUCUCCUACCAUUAUGGACACUUCCCUCUAGACUCUCACGUCUUCAGCAGCAAAAAGCCGAUGCUGCCGGCCAAAUUCGGGCAGCCCCAAGGAUCCCCGUGUGAGGUGGCACGCUUUUUCCUGAGCACGCUACCGCCCAGCGGCGAAUGCCAAUGGCAUUAUGCCAACCCCCUAGUGCCUAGCAGCCCGUCUCCAGCUAAAAGUCUUUCUGAGCCGCCGGGGAACACUGCUCGGCACAGCCUCGUGCCAAACUACGAAGCGCCCGCCGCCGCCGCCGCGCGCAGGUUCGGCGAGGACACCGCGCCGCCACCGCCGCCGCCACCGCCGCCGCCGCCGAGCUUCCCGAGCUGCGGCCACUACCGCGAGGAGCCCGCGCUGGGCCCGGCCAAGGCCGCCCGGCCGGCCGCCCGGGACGGGGCGCGACUGGCGUUGGCCCGCGCGGCGCCCGAGUGCUGCGCGCCGCCGGCCCCCGAGCCCCCGGGCGCGCCGGCGCAGCUGCCCUUCGUGCUGCUCAACUACCACCGCGUGCUGGCCCGGCGCGCGCCGCUCGGGGGCGCUGCUCCCGGCGCGCCCGCCCUCGCCGGCGGCCCCCGCGGCCCCGAGGCGGCGGCCGGCGCGCUGCGGCCCCGGCCCCCCGGCCCCGCCGCCCCGCCCGGCGCGCCCCUGCCGCACUACCUGGGCGCCUCGGUCAUCAUCACCAACGGCAGGUGACGCCGGCGCCGGCCGCGGGGGCCCGGGGCGUCCCGCCGCGCGCGGGGCUGCCCGCAGGGGGAAGCCACAGGCCAGGCCUCUGGGGCUCCUGUUUCCCCAAGUCCAGCCGACUGCAGAGGGGCGCGCUGUAUAUGCACGGUUUAAAUUAAUUUAUACAGAGACAACUAUUUUAAUAGGACUCCGAAGCCGCCUUUUAGAUUUGUACCGUAGCGCCCAUGAACGCCGCUGGAGAGGGCUGGCACGGCGACGCUGGGAGACGCGACCGCCAGACCUUUGUGCUCCGAGGGCCAGGGUUCUGAACGGGCAGAGCUGGGCGUCCCCCGCUUCCCACGUGUGACCUCAAGCUGCCCCGUCUCUGGGGGGACUUGGUUUCCUCAUUUUGAAAUCAGACUCGCGCCUCUUGCCUUGUCCCCGAUGCUGUCACGGUCCCACUGGGGGACCGAAGGGGUUUCCACUCCACGAGUAUCCUCCGCUUUAAGGAGGAAACCCCACCCGGAUAAAGUCAGACAUGCCAGGCGGGCGGCAGACCUGGAUGGAGCGCCCUUUUAGAUUCUGAAGUCAAGGCAGAUCCUGAUGAGUUAAGUCCAGCGAAUACAACUCCCGCUGUCUUUAAAAGACGUUCAUGAGUCUCAUUAAAAGUUGUUUUAAUUUAACCCUUUCUUCAAUACAAAAAACAAGCUGAAGACCAAGGGGAACAUGGUUGUGUUUCACAAGUACACGUACAAGCGCAUACUUCCUCCUAGCCUAUGAACUCUUGAUAACACCAAGAACAGCACCUUCGGAAUGUAUUGAAUAGGCAUUAAAUGCAAAAAAUAUAUAGAGAGCGCCAGAUAUUUUAUGAAAAUGACAUGUGGAUGAGUUAGGUGCCCAAGGCGAUUGGCUACCCGGGUCAAGUGAUUACAAAAUUCCCCUGGCCCACACAGACCCCUAAUUCCCUAGGCUCGUGUUUGCUACAAGUAGUGCUAAUAAAGUUAGUUAAAUUGCAUGUGCAAUAUGGAAAAUUGUCAAUGGACUGCGCCUCGUGAGGAAAACCUGCUAAAGGGAUGUAAUGAAAAUGAUGUGUACAUUUUCUUCAGCAUUUUCUGCAUUUUAUACAUAGCAAGAAAACUCCAUAUGAAUGUGUCAUGUGUAACAGAUAAACAAAUCCUUUUAUAAAGCGCCAGCAGUGUUUUAAAAAUAAACUUCCAUUGAUUUUUGUUUGAUUUUUAUAUUUUUGCCUCAAGAUUUCACUAUUUCAAAAUCCUCUCAUGGCUCUGAAACUCUGAAGCGGAUCAGUGCAUCAAACUGCCAUCUUUCAAUUUGCUCCACACUAUAAACACACCAUCAUUUUGCCGCUUUUUCAAAAAUGGUUUACUUUUAGGAACUCCACCUUUCUGAGCAGAAAGGCUUUUCAGAAAUGUCUUUAAUUCAUCGUUCUAGACUCAAAGUGCACUUACAUCGACUGUUCUCAAAAUGUGAAAUGAUUUGUUGCCCACCCAGUGUCAUAUGAGGACCUGCCCCACUCCCUCACAUGGUGUCGGUUCCCUUAUGGUACAAUUUGCAAAUUAAGGAACAUGCGUUGUGCAGUGAAAGGGCUGGGUCAUAAGCGUCGGAUGUAUACACUCUAUCCUGCACUUACCUGUACCUCAUUAGGAGCUCUUUGAGUGUGUGCAUACACAAAAUAAGCCUGGGGUAUUAUUUUUUAUGCUCACGAGUCUCGUAGUUAAACCAUGAUUCCUGGAAAGUGCAAGUUUGAGGAGCAGGCGAUAUCACCUGACAUUUUUGAAUAAAGAACUGCAGUAUGCUUUUCUGUCUACCUUGUUAUUAACCAUUGGGGGCUAUAUUUAGUAAAUACAAAUCUUGAAGCCUUUCGGAGCAGUUUAAGAUCAAAGGUUACUCUGAAUAAAACCGUUAUGUAUCUAUUUUUUUUGGUGAGGAAGAUUGUCCCUGAGCUAGCAUCUGUGCCAGUCUUCCUCUAUUUUGUAUGUGGGAUGCUGCCACAGCAUGGCUUGAUGAGUGGUGUGUAGGUCCUUGCCUGAGAUCCAAACCUGUGGAUCCUGGGCUGCCAAAGCAGAGUAGUGGAGUGCACGAACUUAACCACUGUGCUACCUGGCUGGCCCCAGAUGGUUUAUAAAUUUACAAAUGAUAGCGUAAAUAAGCUUAACAUGAGUGUGUAUGUACUUGAAAAAUAAAACAUGUACUAGAGAAAACUCCCUUGUCUAAACACACAUCACGGUUUUCAUAGCCUAGAACAGGAAGGCAGAUUCCUACACGAGCCGGCUUCCAGGCGGCCAGCAGCUCAAUGCAAAGUUAACAGCAGUUUCUAUGGCAACCUAAUAUUGUUACCUCCCUCUUUAAGAGUCUGCACAUUUAAGCUGGGGAUAUCGUUUCUUGACUUCUGUGAGGCUCUGGCAGGGGAAGAGGAAGCAUUUUAAUAAAUAUGCCUCCCUUUCACAAAAAAAGAAGAAAAAGAAAACUCUCAGUGAGUCCUAACAUGUUGACAAAAACGCCAGAUCAAAUGGAUUUGAGAAAUAAUCCCAGUUCAAGACUGGCUCGGCCCUCCAUGGCCUCCCAGGGAAAGGAAUUCCUUUAUGUUCAUGGAAGCCCUUUCUAGAAAGGCGAUUCCAUUCAUACCUUUGUAGAGAAGUGAACAGGGUGUGAAGGGCUGCUCACCCCCCACCUCCUUGUCCUUUUAAAGUCCGAUGGGCCACGCCUUCCUCCCUCGGACCCUAACCCUAAGGGUGGGAGAGCUUUAUCCCGUCAAUGACUCCUGUAUAAAGUCCACCCAAAGUUGUAAUUUGUUCUAACUGUAAGACAGUUAAGGUAGACUGUGGGGGCUGCUAUGGAUAAAAUGGAAUAAAAACAUCUUCAAACAGACACCAGAAAAUUACAGUAGCUUAAACUUUUAGUGAAUUGUAGCGCUUGCGUUAUCUAAAAUGCAUUAUUCAAGCAGUUCCUAAACUUAAGUAUGAGAUCUCAGGUUAAAAUCUUGGGGAGAAAACUGUUGAGACGAAAGUCAAGCAGUGUUCACAAAAGAAUAAGAAAAGUUUUACAAGAACAAAAUCUGUUCCUAUGUUAAACUUGUUAUUACGUUAAAUUUAUUUUCAAGUCUAAAAACACAUUAAAUUGUGAUUUAAUUUUUUUCUCACUUCAGUUUAAAAGGCUUAUACUUUUGGGUUUUGCUGACUUUCAUUCUUUGGAGCAAUAAGAUUCCUCUUUUGUAUGAUGCAUAAUACAUUUGUCAAAAAUACAUCAAAAAAGAAAGGAAAAAAGCACCCGGUUUCUUAAUACUUAGAAAUACAUACAUAUUCCUUACUAUGUAAAACUAUUUAUUUUGUAAAAAUGUUUAAAUAUGAAUAAAAAUACUGUAACCAAAAGUACUUGCUUAUUUUUAAAAAUGAAAUUUGUGGUAAAAAUAAGAACAAGCCCAAACUAUAUAGAAAGUCAAAGUUUAUUUUGGUAGACUUGCUUUUUAUAGGCAUUGGUUUAAAGUAAUUCCUUUUCAGAGAUGAAUCUUUGAAAAGCUAAAAAUGCAAAGGUUUACACUUUCUUUUAUUUCAAAUAUGCAUAGUAAUUACCCAGGAAUAAGGAUGCUCAGUUUUCUGCCGGUUCAAAGCAAACAAAUCUAGAGAAUAAGCCUCAAAUGCCUCCUUUUUGCAUUC